AUGGUUCUUCUGGCUACUAUCAUCAUGGCCGGACGUGGAACAAAACAUCCUAAAAGACAUCAAAAAAGACGGCGAGAGAUGCAGUAUCUGCAGGCGGCGAUCUCGGAGGCAAUGAGGCUGUACCCGCCAGUGCCGGUGGACACGAAGGCCUGCCUGAAAGAUGACGUCAUCCCGGACGGCACGUUCAUCGGAAAAGGGUGGUUCGCGACGUAUCACACGUACGCCAUGGGGAGAAUGGAGAAGAUUUGGGGGAAAGAUUGCUGCGAGUACAAGCCGGAGAGGUGGUUGGACGAGAAUGGGGAGUACAGGCAGGAAAGUCCGUUCCGGUUUCCGGUGUUCCACGGCGGGCCGAGAAUGUGUCUGGGGAAAGAAAUGGCGUACAUUCAGAUGAAAUCCAUUGCGGCUUCGAUUCUGGAGAGGUUUGAGAUUGAAGUGUUGUCGGAGGAGAAGGGAAAGGUUCCUGAUUUUGUGUUGUCUUUGACUCUUAGGAUGAAGGGUGGGUUGCUUGUGAAGAAACGAGCACCCUGCGACACCCCCGGUCGACCAAUCAUCUUUGCUGAGAACGCCCUUCACUGUGGAGGUAAUGGCUCAGCCAUACCUGCUUUACUUGAAGGUCUCCGGGGAGAAAAGCUAUGA